AUUUAGCACAUAAUCAUGUUCAAUUUGAUCCGCUGUGCUGCCUAGAGAUAAAAGGGUUGAAAAAAAUAGAUUUAGCUUAUGUCAGUCUUUGUGGUGAUGUCAUUGCCAUGAGAGAUGGAAUAGCGCUGUUACUAUGCUGUGCCUGCUCAGUUGGUGGGUGUACGGGGGAAAAGCAAGGAGCAACUCAGUUAAGUGCAAAGAGCUUGUGUCGGAAGCUUGCAGUUCUUGUCAGCAUUGAAACAGGAUCUUGGACUGUUCAACUGCAAUACUGAAUUGAAGAUUUGUUUUUUUUCCUUCUAAUCAUUUGUAACUCUGAGGUUGCCUAACUCUGUGUACAACAGAGGGGGAUGCCAGCCCGUAGCAUGGACUGUGAUGUCUCCACUCUGGUUGCCUGUGGGGUUGAUGUGGAGGUUUUUGCCAACCAAGAGGUUAAGGAGAAAUUUGAAGGCUUGUUCCGUGCCUACGAUGACUGCGUGACAUUCCAGCUCUUCAAAAGCUUCAGGCGUGUGCGGAUAAACUUCAGUAGUCCCAAAUCAGCUGCUCGUGCCAGAAUAGAGCUGCAUGAAACACAGUUCAGAGGGAAGAAGUUAAAGUUGUAUUUUGCACAGAUUCAGACCUCUGAGACAGAUGGAGACAAGCUUCAUUUGGCACCACCGCAGCCUGCAAAACAGUUUCUCAUCUCGCCUCCAGCCUCCCCACCUGUAGGGUGGCAACCAAUAGAUGAUGCAACACCUGUCAUCAACUACGACCUCCUUUAUGCAGUUUCUAAGCUAGGACCAGGAGAGAAGUAUGAGCUGCAUGCAGGAACAGAGUCCACUCCCAGUGUGGUAGUGCAUGUCUGCGACAGCGACAUGGAAGAAGAUGAGGACCCAAAGAAUUCUCCAAAGCCAAAAAUCAUUCAAACUCGACGCCCUGGUCUGCCACCUCCUGUAUCUAACUGAGCCUCUCCUGCAGAAGCAGCACUUCUCUCCUCCAGCACAGCUCUCGGUUUUUGUUUGCUUUGUUUUGUUGAAAGGCAGCCAUUGCCUUUUGAGUUCCAGAACACUACUCGUUGAAACCCCUUCACAGUAAUCAAGCCUGUGUAAUCAAAGGGCUAGGAAAAAAGAUCUUUGUAUAUGUAACCAUAUCACACACCAACAGAUAGGUUUUUCUGGAAAGGACGAAACAAGGCUGAAGAGACAGGGGAGGGUUUCGGUCUGAGGAUUUUUUCACAGCUCUAAUUUGCAUGCUGAAACACCACUACCAGAGAGAUUGUUCAGGGUGGCGAUUAGGCUGAUACCAGGCUUGAUAUUCAAACUCCCAGAAUACUUGCUACUGCCUUUCAUUGAGCAGCCAGCUUCUCUGACCCUCCCAGCUCCCCUGCAGACCUUAGUCGUUUUUCCUUUUAAUCCUUUUGUUAAGGGGGGGGAUGUGUGUUGUUUUUAAUCUGUUAGCAACUUGGUGGCCUUCUUGCCCCCCUGGAGUUUUCUGUAAGGAAUACUACCUUUGCAGCAUUUUUAGGAGCAGCAGAGAAACACUCCCACCAGUACAGCUCACUGGUCCUUAAUGGUGGCAGGGAUGUGAGAUAGAGCUCUCUGGGCUGAGGGGAGAGACAGCAGCUUGCUGGAGGGUCCAGUGUCCUUCUCUUAAAGAGGAGGGAGCCAAAAUAUCAACAGGGAUUGUUGUUCUGUCUUCCAUAAAGAUGUAAGUGGUCCUUCUCCCUGAGAUUGAGGAAGAAGGAGAAGUUAACUGAUGGCUCUCUGUCAUAGCUGUAAGUUCUAGGAAUGAUACAGGCUGAAUGCUUUCCUAGUGGUGUGUUGAGUAGCCCUGAAACUGUUAAUAAUUACUUCCACAUCUCUGAUACUCAGAUCUCUUACUUCCCCACUUGUGUGCUUUAAAGCCCUUUUUGAGCUGUAUGCAGUUUGGGUUUGUGGAGGUGAGGAGAGGUUUGUUGGUGUUUGUUCAUUUCUUUCCCCCCCCCCUUUUUUUUUUUUUUAGGCCAAAGAAAACAGGACCAUAAUUACACACUUGAAAUUAGACUGCAUGCAACUGAAUCCCCUUUUUUCACUCCUUCCUGCAUGUUUCUUUCACUUGCAGUGCAUACUGGGUUACAAGAACUGUCCUGUGUUUUCAUCAUGGCUGGCAGAUACUGGAUUCCCUGUCUGACAGACCUCCCAUGAUGACUAUUUUUAUUAUGCGCACUUGUCAUUUUGAGAACAUAUUUUCUAGACAUUUGAGCUCAGAUUUUGCAUAUAUUUAAGCAUGCGCUUAAUUUAUGCACAUGAGUAGUUCCACUGAAAUUAAUACUGCAGAAAACUGAGCAUAUGUGUAAGAUACAGUGGGAUUUUAAAGCUAAUUUAACUGCAGCUGUACUCCCAAAAGUGACUAUAAUGGCACAGUGAGGUUCCACUGUUUAAAUGCAUCCUGGAAGCUUGCUCUAGGAUCUGAAGUCAGCUCACGUUCUGUAAUCAAGAUUUUUGUCCUAAAAACUAAUGAUCUGGUCUCUGAGGAAGGGUUCCAUUCCACCUUUAAUUAGCAGUCAGGCUAUGGGCUUCAGCACAGUGAAGCCACCCUUGCUGGAGCAUCCAUCUGCUCCACAGUACUCUCAGGAAGAAAAGCAGGUUGCUCUGUCAGUGAAGAGUGGAGAUGCCAUUCUCAGCAUGCAUGGUAAGAAUAUUCUAAGACCUUCCUGAGGAUUCACCAUCCUCAUACACUUCAUUCUCUGACCACCACAGCCCCUAAUACUCCUGUUGAGAUGUAGUGCUUUCCUUAGUAUAUAUCUACAAUGCGAUACUUGUUACUGCAUUAUGGACCUUGUUGUGCGUGUGUUGCACUAACAGAAGCACAUUCUUACAGCAGAGACUGAACAAAAAAUGAGGCUUUACUAUCCUCAUGAUAUGUGUAAACUUGUCCUAAAGUAACUCCUUAGAGGUUUCACUUCAGUUACUUUCUCAGUGAUGCAUUUGGAAUUGGUUUCAAUAAAUAAAUUGGCACUUGCUGCCCUGGGACUGUAACCUGGUGUUCCUCUUGAAAACACCAUCAAAGGCGUCCUGCAAGAUUUCAGGAGGAACACCACUGUC